AUGACUGAAAGCAAGCAGUGUGAUGUGUUAAAAGGAGGUCAUGCACCAGCCGAAAAAAUCGCUGGUGGUGUACGAAGAACUCGAAAAGCGCGACUUAGUUCGGAAUCUGAGAGAAAUCAAGAGAAGAAAUUGGAAGGACAAGAUCCAUCACAAGAGGAUUGCAAUGAAUCAGAAGAACAGUCAAAAAAUGUACUCGCACAUAGCGGCCUAGUUGCAAAGACAAAUAAGGAUUAUCCAGAAGAAGCAAUUCGCGCUUAUCAUGAUAAGCAGAUACCACAGCUUCACAAGUCAACAAAACCGAAUAUAACUCUAUUCCAACCUAUCAAACAAUAA